AUGUCUGGAAAAUUAAAUAGCAAGGAAAAAAAUAGUUAUUUCUAUUCUUUUCUCCAUAAAGGUAUCUUCCCUAUUCCUGAUACAGAAAAAAUAGAACCUGCACCUAAUGCUUUGCCUCUUACAAUUAUCUGUGAGAAUAUUCGUGAUCCAGCUAAUUUAGGUUCUAUAAUUCGUAUUGCUGCUGGUGUUGGAUGUGAGAAACUAAUUUUAUUAAAAGGAUGUGUGGAUUUAUGGGAUAUGAAAGUAUUGAGAAGUGCAGUUGGUGCUCAUUUCAGAUUACCAAUAUACCAAUCAACUUCUAAUGAUCUUUCAUCAUUCAUAUCCGAUGGAAUGAAUGUUUUUGUUACGGAUAACAAUACAAUACAUAAUACAAACAAGAAUAUGGAAUUUCCAAAGUCUGAUGAAACUUUAAAACAAUCUGAAAUGAAGAAAAUUAUAAGGACAUUAAAAUCUCUGCUUCCAAUUCUUCCAUAUUACGCUGUUGAUUAUUGUACGAACGAAAUCGCACUUGUAAUAAGUGGUGAAACGGAAGGAUUGAGCUUAGAAACGCUUAAAUUUCUGUGGGAAAAACGAGCCGUACGUGUGAAUGUACCUUUAUUAAACAAUGUUGAAAGUUUAAAUGUCGGUGCGGCAAUUGCUAUAAUAUCGUUUGAAAUUCAACGACAGAUUGUAUUUAAGCAAAGAGAAUAAAAUAAUAAUUUCUAUUACGAUCAA